AGUCCAGGGAAAAACGUUACCUUUGCCAAGGAGAAGUGUCUACCUGGAUUUCUCAAGUAACAAUUUCAGUUCAGUUCUUGAAAAUGAUAUGGGUAAACACCUGGGUUCCACAAGUUUCUUCUCUCUUUCAAACAAUCAUAUCUAUGGCCCUGUCCCAGAAUCAAUUUACGAAGCCUGGAAUCUUGAGGUACUUGACCUUUCAAAAAACCAUUUGAUGGGAACCAUCCCUCAGUGCUUAAUGUUGGAGAAUCUAAAGGUGUUGAACAUGAGGAAUAACUACCUGACUGGAGGAAUUCCGCAUACAUUCCCAGGCACAUGCCUCUUGAGGACUUUGGAUGUUAAUGGUAGUCUCUUGACAGGAAAGCUCCCAAUUUCUUUGGCAAAAUGCUCCAUGUUAGAGGUGCUAGACAUUGGAAACAAUCGGAUUAAGGAUGUAUUCCCAUGCCAGUUGAAGAACAUAUCUUCCCUGAGAGUCCUUGUUCUGCAUUCCAACAUAUUCCACGGGCAAAUUGGUUGUCCAGUCAAUAGUGGCACAUGGAAAAUGCUUCAAAUUGUGGACCUAGCUUUCAGCAAUUUCAGCGGUAUGCUUCCUGAAGAUUUCCUGAUGUCUUGGGAGGCCAUGAAGGUCAAUUUGCACUUUGAGCAUCUUCAAUAUCCGUUUCUUCGGUUGAGCAAUCUCUAUUAUCAGGACACAGUUAGUCUUACUUUUAAAGGUCUGCAUCUAGAACUAAUGAAGAUCCUAACUGUUUUCACCUCAAUCGACUUCUCGAGCAAUAGAUUUGAGGGUCCAAUACCUGAAGCAUUGGGAGAUCUCCAAGCACUCUAUUUUCUCAACCUGUCGCACAAUGUGCUUUCAGGUCCUAUCCCCCCCUCAUUAGGAAAAAUACAGCAGCUCGAGUCCCUAGACUUGUCACAGAACUACCUCAAUGGGAGAAUUCCAGUGCAGCUUUCUGAUCUGAACUUCCUUUCAUUCCUGAACCUCUCCUAUAAUCAACUUGCCGGAAUGAUCCCAGCACGCAAACAGUUUCUCACAUUUUCAGAAGGUUCGUUUGAAGGUGAUGAAGGACUACGCGGGUUUCCACUUGACAAAAGUUGCCCGAUAACCUCCAAUCCUGAAGAAGCAGAUGCUGUUCCAACUCAAAGGUCCAAACAUCGCGAGGACAAUGGCUGGAUUGACAUGAAGUUGUUUUACAUAAGCAUGCCCCUCGGAUUUGUUGUCGGCUUCUGGGGUUUUUGCAGUACGCUAAUAUUUAUCCAGCCAUGGAGGAGUGUGUAUUAUCAGUUUUGGGAUGACUUGCUGUUCAGACUUUCGCAAAGUUAUCAUGUUCGCUGAACUUUGGUCAUUAUGCUUGAUUGGAGUAAGUUCAUAGUUUUUCUUCUCCAUGAUUGUCCAUUAUAAACUGUCAAUGGUCUAUGAAGUAGAACUGAGGAUGUGCAUCUAGCAGAAGAUGAUUGGGCUUGAGAAAUUCAAGACCUGUAUGUCUAUUGCUAGGAAAGUUGUUGAAUAAAGAAAAUUCUUCAAGCUUGAAUAACAUGAAAUUUCUUCAGA